GGACCGUCAUCUCCUUAGUGUGCGGAGUCUUUCCCCGCUAAGGGCGCCUUUUCUCAUCUUGUUGACUUGUACAACUUGUCGGGCAUUACAUUUCUUCAGGCUUACACCUAUUUUCCUAACAAGGAUAGGCUCGGUGUUCAGAUGGUCGCCGUGGUUAUGAUCAUACUCGACAUCGCCUCCACCGUCCUAUGUGCCAAAGUGAUGUAUAUCUACUUUGUCCCCCACUUUGGUUCGAUGCUGCCACUCCAAACUCUCACUCCACAUGUGGGUUGUGAAGACCGUGGCGCGAACGUUGAUCUUGCGAUAGAACCAUUGCCUCUGAAUGUUAUCUCGCUGUGAUUAUCACUUUCCUUUCACAGCUCUACUUUUCUUGGCAAAUCUGGACAGAACCGUAGUAAGUUCAAGUACAUCAUGUCGGGGUCAGUUGUAUAUGACCGGGGUUCGUUCCUCAUUGGUUUAUCUGACAAGUUGAGAAGGUUCAUGAAAUUUAAGCCCGGAAACCACACUGUAUGUACCGUUGGGUUUAAUGUGAAUCAG